AUGACACCGGUACCGGCAGGCAUAUCCGCCCAGGCGGCCGAUCCAGACCACGAGAAGCGGCAGAAGGACAAGGCCCACUACAAGGUCAACGCUCGUGAGCGGCGCGCUGAGCAGCGAAGGGAGAAGCGCAGAGACAAGGCAGCCGCCAAGAAGGAGCGCAAGGCCAACAUCAAGCGCAGCGGAAAAUGGACCGAGGAGCGCAGGGAGGAGAUGAAGGCCAAAAAGUCUGAGAAGAGCAUGGACCCGGCCAAGCGCGAGAGACGGCGCCUGCGCCUGCUUCAGAGACAUCAGAAGCUCACCGUCCAGGCUGAGAAGUUUGCGGCAGAGGCCCAAAAGGCACUGGCGCAGUACAAGUACAUGACUGAGGCUAAAGAGCGAGCUGAGAAGGAGGGCAAAGCCGCUGAUCUCGGCGACGACUACCUGGCAAUCGACAGCGACUCUUCUUCCGACAGCGAACCUGGCGGUGCCGAGAUUGCGGACCCCGAAGACGGCACUGUGCCUGCCGAUGAGGUCGUCAUGAAGCAUCGCCGCGAGAGCGACGCGUCGGCCCACAGCGCCGUUUCCGCCACGGCAACAGCAAGGUUGAAGGAAGAAAAGGCCAAGAAAGACAAGCACGACAAGUCGGCUCACGCCGACCCUGAAGAUGUGAUCAUGGAGGAUGUUGAAGAGAGCGGCAAGCCGAAGAAGGACAAGAAGAAGAAGCAGAAGAAGGACAAGGCUGUCCAAGCUGACGACGAAGCCGCCGAAGACGUCACGGCGCCCAAAGCCGAGUUGAAGCGCAAGCACGAGGAGCAGGGACCGGAUGAGGAGCCCGCGCCCAAGAAGGACAAGAGAGCGAAGAAGGAGAAGAAAGAGAAGAAGGACAAGAAGGAGAAGAAGACCAACGCUGCCAAGGUUGCCGACGGCGACGCCAGCGCCGACGCAGCUGCAACAGACGAUGCUGCCAAGUGGAACGUGGGCGAUCUUGGAGGCGGAUCUGCACGACAGGCGAAGUUCCUUCGCCUCCUCGGAGGCAAAAAGGACGCCACGGCUGCCCUGUCGGCGUCGGCAGCGGCUCCCAAGGGCAAGUCUGCGUCUACCAAGGCCGAAGCCGAAAUCCAGCGCCAGUUCGAGGAGGGCAUGAAGGCCAAGUUUGACGGCACCGGCAAGCGCCGCGGCCUGGGCGCAUAA